AUGGGGUAUGUUGGAGAUAAGUUCACUUGGUUUAGGGGUGGACUGAAGGAACGCUUGGACAGGGUUGUUACAAACGUUGAAUGGAUGGGUAUGCAUCAGUAUGCAGGUUUGUGUAACUUGGAGAUGGGGAAAUCUGACCAUAGACCCAUCUUGCUAGACACUGAAUAUCUCUCUGGAGUCGUGGAGAACAGGCCCAAGUUCAAGCACCAGUUUGAGGCCAGAUGGCUAGAAGAGGAAACUGUCGAAGAAGUUGUAAGGACAGCUUGGCAAAAGGCUGUGCAGCAAGGCUUGCACCCAUCUGUGAAAGGAAAAAUUGACUCAGUCCAUUGUGACUUGCAUGAUUGGGAUAGAAAGACUUUGAAAGGGCCUAGAGCCCGACUUAACAAAGCUCAGAAGGAGUUGGAGGCACUCAUGCAGGCACCAUAUACGGAGGAGGGUAGGGCGAAGCAGAAAGAACUCUCGGUCCUCAUUGAAAAUCUACUGGACCAGGAAGAAAUCUUCUGGGCCCAGCGUGGUAGGGUUCGAUGA